AUGGUUACUAUGAAAGACGCUUUGUCCCCAACAUGAGUGUUUGUCACCGCCAUAUGGAAUACGGAAUACGAGGGAAUUUUUGAAAACAUAAAUUAUUACGUUUCGGAAACUACGUACGUGUAGAUUUCUAACACUUUUUUUGGACGUUUGGGAUUAUGCAAUAUUUGAACUGACUUCAUAAAGUUUUGAAACGUCUUUAUGCAGGAUGACUAAAACACUUCAGUGUUGGCACUAAAAGAUAACAUUCCAUUGUGACUCAAAGGUCCCACGCUCUCCAUUUGAAAAAUGUCCACAUUCAGGAUGAGGAUGCCGGGACAGAACGACAGGGCACGAAGGCGUCUGAAUUUGACCGCCCCUCAGGAAGCCAGAGGGGUCGAGGUUGUUCGAGGACGUGUAGGAUACGGGUUCACCUUAUCAGGACAAGGCCCGUGCCUCUUGAGUGGUAUAUUGGAGGGGAGCCCUGCAGACCUGCUGGGACUAAAGCAGGGGGAUUGUAUAGUGAGUGUAAACGGAAUCGAUGUCGCAAAUGCUUCCCACGAGGCUGUGGUGCAGUUGAUUGGCACCUGUAAAGGACCCUUGCGGUUGGUGGUGCUUGUUGGGACCGGGCCCACGGUGGACCCUUCCUCCAGCAAAGAGGAGUUAGGGCUUUCUAGAACAGAGGGAAUGGGGCUUUUUCAAAAGGGGCAAGUUUUUCGAACAGUUUUGGACCACUGUGGCAACUCGUCAUGUAACUCAGUAAACGCCACUCCAUUUAAGCCGAGACCUUUGUCAGAACCUGACAUGUCCCACUGGACCCAACUGUGGAACUCCAAAUUCCAACCUGGCUUCCUGUCUGAGGAAGAAACCGCCAAAGUGGCAGACAUCAACUCUGUUUUCAAUGACCAAGAGAACGAUGUGAAUCCAGACUGGAGUUUGCUAAACACAGCCAUGGUGGUGGGCUACCUGGGCUCUACUGAACUGAUCUUGGCCUUGUCCAGCCCCAGCUCAGAGGAUGACUGCCUACAGGUGAUCCGCAAGUGUAUUAGACGUAUGGGCAUUGAGCAGGAGACCCACACGCUGGUGAUGAUAAAGGUCAUGUUCGACUGUGUCCGCCUCUGUGAUGACGCUGGAGCUGUCCUGGCGGCCUUCCCUUCUGAGAACCUUGUCGUGGGAGUUGUGUGUUCCGAGGACAGGCGCUUCUUUUGCCUGGUCACCACUGCACACGUCUCUGGUGGCCAUGUGGGGAAGAACGGUCCCCUGAGAUCCUCCUGCCAUGUCUUUUUCAUCGACCCCGAGCUGUGCCACCACAGUGACCACCUGGGCAUCGCCGGGCGGUUUGGCUUUGACUGCACCCCAGACACCCAGGGCUGCCAGGAGUUCCCCCUCACACCACCCUCUGUCCUCCAGUUUGUGUCUGUCUUAUACUGUGACAUGGGGGAGGCGGUGGAGAGGCUUAGAACCAGGCUGGACAGAGAGUCGGCCCACCACCUCCACACUCGACAGAACAGCAGCAGAGCCUGCAAGAACGGCAGUGCCAGCAGCAACAGAGACAGCGGGAUCGGAAACGCUUCCCCCCCUGAGGAGAGACCGGACAGGGAUUUCCCAGUUGCCCACGGAACCAACGCCGGGAGCAACCUCCCCAGCUGUCCAUGGGAGGAUUACCCCCAGGCUGAAGCAAACCUCACCCAAAUAGUAGCUCACCAAAAUGGCCGCCUAAACUUAAACGGUCAUCCUAAUCCGGGAAGCACCCAUUCCCUUUCUGAAUCUCUACCGGGCCCAGCGUCGUUAACCGGCCCAUCCGGAGGCCCUCCUCCCAAGUUGGAGUUUCAGUUCAAGCCCCCGCCACCGCCUUACCCUGUGGGUAAGAUCCAGAACCUAACAGAAGGAGGAGGCCCCUUCAGAAGCAGUCAACGCUGGUUCUCUAUGAGCGUCAAGCAGAGGUGGCCUAGGGGUCACAGUGGAGAGCCUGAUCCCCAGGCAACACCGGCCACUAACAGCUGGUCAGGACCAGCCACGGUGGGUUGCACCAAUGCCCUGCCACCCCCCAGGAGCCAGAUCCCACCAGACCGGUACCAGGCAGCAGAGGCCAGGGAGGAGUGGGCAAAACGACUCUGGAGAGCAGAAUCUGGAGAGCUGCUAAAUCGAAAGCCCAGGAGAGAUACUAUUACCAAGGGCUCCAAGUUCUGGGGCAUUGGUGCGGGACGCUCCUCGGGCCGUCGCUUCUCGGGCCGUCGCUCAUUUGGACACCCCAAGAAGCUCAGCCUGGCACGAUCACUGGAUGACCUGGAGUCGACUGCUUCCUCAGAUGCUGACUAUGGUGGUGGUGUGCAGCUCCAGGGCUGCUGCAGCCAGAGCAGUCUGAACAGCAACAGCAGUCUGCCCGGCGCCGGCAGCCACAAGAGGCUGUCAGAGCGCCGGGUGGCCAGCUGGGCUGCCUGCUUCGAGCGCCUGCUCCAGGACCCCAUUGGCGUCUGCUACUUCUCAGAAUUCCUCAAAAAGGAAUUCAGUGAGGAGAAUAUCUUGUUCUGGCAGGCCUGUGAAUACUUCAGUCAGGUACCUGCAACAGACAAAAAGCAGUUAUCCCAGAGGGCGGGGGAGAUUUACAACAGCUUCCUGUCCAGUAAGGCUACCACGCCGGUCAACAUCGACAGUCAGGCCCAACUGGCUGAUGACGUCCUCACCUCCCCAUGUCCAAAUAUGUUCAAGGCUCAGCAGUUGCAGAUCUUCAACCUGAUGAAGUUUGACAGCUACUCCAGGUUCCUCAAGUCUGGCCUGUACCAGGAGUGCAUGCUGGCCGAGGUGGAGGGACGACCAUUACCCGACCCUUACCAGAUCCCCUGUAGCCCCGCUCCCUCCAAGCACAGUGCCAGCUCCGGCCACUCCACACCGAAUAAGGAGGCCAGGAAUCAGAAGUCAGGGAGGUCACUGACUGAGGAACCCGGAGACGAGCAUGAUAAGAAACGGGGCAUCUUCUUCUCUUGGUCCCGGAACCGGAGCUUUGGGAAGGGACCCAAGAAAAAGGACAUUGGAGAAAUCAACAUUGAUUCCUGGGGCAGCAACGGUCGGAGGGAAUCACAGGGUUCCUUGUCCUCUGGUGCUAGUCUGGAACUGGCCACUUCCUGUUCAACGGGCAAAACCGAGGGGGACAAUCGUCACUCGGUGCCGGUGUGGGAGAGGGUAAGGGAGUGCUCCAAGAUCUGCAGCAUGACCCUGCCGGACGGCUCGUGUUCCUCUGUGACCCUGCGGCCGGGGGCCACCAUCAGGGAGGUUCUCCGGGACCUCUGUCAGAGCCUCCGCAUCAACAUGGCUGCCGUAGACCUCUUCCUGGUGGGAGGAGAGAAGCCUUUGGUGCUGGACCAAGACUGCAUGACCCUCAGUGCACGGAACCUCAGAAUGGAAAAACGCACUCUAUUCAGAUUGGACCUGGUACCCAUUAAUCGCUCCGUAGGUUUGAAGGCCAAACCCACCAAACCCGUCACCGAAGUCCUGCGUCCCGUCGUGGCGAAAUACGGCCUCCAACUCAAGGAUCUGGUGGCCAAAAUAAGUGGAGAAACGGAGCCCCUAGACCUGGGGGCGCCCAUAUCCAGUCUGGACGGCCUGCGUGUGGUAUUGGAGAGAGCAGACCCUGUUGCCUCAGGGAAAGACUCCAAGUCAGGUUCCUUGAAAGCACAUCCGCCAUCAUUGACCACCAAGAGUCUUUCUGCAACAGGAGAUGACAGGUCGUCAGGAAAGGCAAGCGGACCAGAUCCGUCGCUCCCUGCGGAAAAGGGAAAGCCGAAAAAGAUUAAUAUAGAUGAAGCUGAAGAAUUCUUUGAGCUCCUGAGCCGGGCGCAGAGCAACCGGAGAAAUGACCAGAGAGGCCUCCUGAACAAAGAGGACCUGGAGUUACCUGACUUCCUGCGGUUAACCUCCGGCCCCCCCUCCACUGCCUCCCUAGACAUGGCCUGCUCCACACCCACCUCCAUCAAACAGGGCCAGGGGCCUGGCAGGGAGAACGGGGUUGGCGGUGCCCCCGCCCGCGGCCCCCUCAACGCCAGCCUGCGCUCUGAGAGCCUGGACUCCUCCCUCAGCAGCACAAACGGACACCCCCAUCCAGCUGCGGGGCGCCGGGCGCUUCUACCCCCACCCCGCCUCCCCGUCCCCCCCCUUCAGCGCCGCCCUCUCACCCAUCCCCCGCCCCUCGGAGUCUAGAGGCCCGGCCCUCAGGACACUGGAGGAAGACACCCACGCUGACCUGACCCUGGUGGGCGAGGGAGACAUCACCAGCCCCAACAGCACCUUGUUGGCCCCUGCGCUGCUGUCCCACGAGGGCAACUUCCUCCCUCCUUCGCCAUGUGCCAACUCCUUCCAUGAUGGUGGUGGGAAUGGCCAGUCAAGCUCAGGUAUUUCCCCAGUGUGACUAUGCAUAAGUGUGUUGGUGUGUGUGUGCGUGUAUGUGUUUGUGUGUGUGUGAGAGUUUGUGAUUGUGUGUGUGUCUGAGGGUGACCUGACCUCCAACGACAACUCCUUUUAUACUGACUUCAAUGCACUUUAUUUACAACUGAAAAUGUAUUCUCUCUCAGUAGUACCCCAGUCAUUUUUACCCCUUUGAAUAUUUUCGAAUGAACAUAGAUAGCGUUGUUUAUGUGGUCACUUUCAAUAGUAAGUUCCGCUGAAUUGUAAAUAGUGAUGUAUAUAUUUUAAAUGAAUGACAUUUAUAUUCACACACCACUGAACUGAUGGGUUUUAUAACUUAACUGAGACUUGAGGUGAAAGUAAAUCUUAGAAUGUUUCAUAUUGUUGUACCACAGAGGUUAUAUGAGGAUGCAGGUGGAUAAAAACGUGUUUCAUAAUGCCUACAUAUUGUAAUGCUGUAAUACUCAACAUGACAGUUGUCAUUACAAUACAUGAAAAAUAGACAUACUAUCAUUUGACAGCAACCAAUUGUAGUGAGCUAGAAUUACCAUGCAAGUGUGAAUUGUUUGAUUGAUUGAUUCAAAUAGAGAACCUGGAAUAGAUUUCAAUGAGUCACAGCCUUUCAUGUCAAUAAAAUGCUCAAUGCCGGCAUUAUGAAUGUAUAAUUGGAGUACGGUCCUAAACCCAGUACAUAGCUACAGACAAGAUAGAACGUAAGCAAAGCGUUAUUGUUUUUUUUAAAGAUGAUCAUGAUUGUUCUUACCUGCCUGUACUUUUUUAAACCGAAAAGCUGUAUUUACUUUCAUCCCAUCCUCUAAUGCAAUUCAACAAUUUUGCUCAGAUUUUUUCCUGGUAAUACAUAGAAGGACAACUGAACCAAUUUCUUCACAAUAUGUUGAUAAUUAUAGAGUCCUUGAUGAAAAAAACAGUAAUGAUAGAGGUCCUUUUGAAAUUAACGGUAUCAUUGUUGAAUUGCGUGUCACACUGUCUGGAAAUAUCCUCUCUCUGUAGAUGCUUGUUGUAGAUGAUCAUGACGAUUAAUUCUGUAUCUGUGCUUGAUUAGAUCUAAUAAAUGUUAGACCUGGAAUCACA